AUCUGCUGCUGAAAAAAAAAAAUGGAAACCAUGCAUGAGCUGAUCCCCUUUGCCAAAGAAAUGCUCAGCCAGAAGCCCAACAGGAAGAUGGUCAAGCUGUACAUGCUGGGCAGCGUGCUGGCUUUCUUUGGUGUGGUUAUUGGUCUGGUGGAGGCAGUGUGCAGUCCUUUCACCUCCGAAGGGAGGCUAGAGGAGGAGGAGGAGCAGAAACCUGCCCCGACGCGAGAGCAAACGCGUCCCCAGAAACAAGAGGAUUUGAUCUUGGAAAAGAGCAAGAAGCCGGCGGGGAUGCAGAGGGCCCUGGUGACCAGGCAGCACGCCUCCUAAGAGCCCUGCGCCGGAGAGGUGCCUGCCGAGGAACCGAGCACAAGAGACUCUGCUGUCCUGUUGUACCUGGUGGUGGUUCCAGCAAGAAGAGAGAAGGGUUGGCUGAAGGAGGAGACCGCAAGUGCAAGACUUGAAAGAAGUGAAUGGUUAUAUUUGCUGCUGUGCAGCAGUGGGGAAAAAAUACCUUUUGUUGGUAUAAAAAUGUGCAAGAUGCACAGCAUGGUUUCUUAUUUUUAUUACAGAUGCAUUUUACAACAUUUUGCAAAAUCAAUAAAUAUUUUA